UGCCAGUCUCCCUACCAACGCGUCCCCUGGGCCGGGAGGACAGAUCCAGUGCCACCCCCGGCAUAUCCUCCUCAGCCUCCUCACCAAGUGGAGAGAUCCACCAGGCCACAUUUGGCCCGACCGGCCUACCCAUUGCACACCGACAGGAACGCUGGUGCAGCCCUGACCCUUCCCAACCAGGGCUCUGUCCUCCCAUUUCACAAUCCCCGGCCGCCCCCUCCGGCCGCCCCCUAUAGCUCCCCAAACCGCUACUCUCGGCGCGGGGCCUUUCCCACUGAGGAGUGGCCCCAGACUCGGCCGCGAAAUGUCAUGGCCCCCCACCAGAGCCACCGGAGGGACCCCACCUCUCCUCGGGAGCAAAUUUCUGCCCACGCUUCAUCCCAAAGACCACCACAUGGUGCCCAUAUUAGGACCCCUUCCAGACACGAUGGGCCGUCCACUCACGGGUCCCUCCCCUUGUUUAAGCCUCUGAGGAGGGAUGGCCAAAGCGCAGGUCCAAGACCUGAUGGACCCCAUCACAGCAGCCAAUCGGAUAGUGGGCAGCACCGCUGGGGAGCUUCUCCGACACCUGGGUCUCAGACUGGCCGGAGGUCUCGGGUUCGAGAGUCCAUCAAGCCCGGCAAGUACGGCUAUGGGAAGGUGCCCUUUGCCUUGCCCCUCCACAGAGACCCAGCUGAUGGAGGUCCCUCCCGAUCUAAACGGCACAAAGAGGGACAUGUCACUGGACCACCUCCACCGCCACCGCCUCCCCCUCGCCCGCCAUCAAGGAAACCCAAAAGCAAAGCAAUGCGUUCUUCCUCCUCCCAUGAGGAGGUGGCUGGGAGCCGGGAAAAGGACCCUCCAUCCACUGCACCUGACCCUCGAACCCGUGACAAACAGAAGCAACCUCCGCCAGCCAACGGUGCAACUCAUUCCCACGGGGUGGUCCCAGAGGGACGUGAUUUGGGGCACAGCCACACUGAAAAGAGUGGUCCAGAGCACAGUCCUCAACCCUUGGAACCCGGUGCAGCCAUGGCGUCACACCACAAGGCCUCGGGGGGAGCAGAGCAUCGUGGGAAGAUGGGUGAUGCUGAACAAGGCUUGGCGGCACGAAUGCCUGACCCACCACCGCCACAUAACCCAGAAGCCUCUGCAAGACCCCAGGAACAGCCUGGAGGAAGGGAACCCCCUUUCAUGGAGUUAAAGGGCAGGGAAGGUGGGGUGGCAGUGGAAGCGGGCACUUUGACAUCAAGGGUGGGUGCUCCCGCUUCUCGGUCGCCCUCCUUGGGGGUCGGUCUCCAUCCUCAGGGUGAGGUGGAACUGCGUCUAGCUCACCGGGUCCUGAGGAACCACAGCUCUGCUUCCAAACAGAAGGAGCUUGGGGUGGAGAAGAGCCACCGGGCCGCGCCAGAGUCUUUUCAUCGCUCCACGGGCCACGCUCACCGGCAUUCCCAGGGUCAAGCUCGGACACGGACGCAGAGGCAGAACGAGCCACGGGUGGCUGGUGGCGGCGGCGGCGGCUACGGCACCCGGUUGACCCACAGCCUCUUUGUGGACCAGCCGGUGUCCCCUCCUCGGACGGCGGAACCCGACGUUUGGCUGCUAAACCGUGGGAAUCCCAUCCAGUUCCAGGCCCAGGGUCAAGGGCCGCCCCAGACGGGAGCCGAAGUGCCGCAGUGGAACCUGUACUAUCCUGGAACGGAGAUUUUCCACUGCGAGGGAGAAAGCAAGCAGUACAAGGCCUGCAGCCAAGAGCCCUGUCCAGCUGAGCGCCCCGAUCCAAGGGCCGUCCAGUGCGCCGCCUACAACCGCCAGGAGUUUAUGGGCCGCUUUUACGAAUGGGAGCCCUUCACGGACGUGCAGGGCUCCCAGCGCUGUGAGCUCAAUUGCCGGCCCAUCGGCUACCGAUUCUACGUCCGUCACACGGAGAAGGUGCAAGAUGGCACGCCGUGCGAGGUAGACUCCCCAGAGAUCUGUGUCGCUGGACAGUGCCUGAGACCCGGCUGUGACGGGAUCCUGGGUUCAAAUCGCACACUGGACAGUUGUGGGGUGUGUGACGGGGAUCACACCACUUGCAAGCUGGUGGUCGGCAACUAUACCGACACGGACGUGCCCAUCGGUUACCACCGCAUCUUGGAGAUCCCCGCGGGGGCGACACGGAUCCAAGUCAAAGAGAUGAGCGGCAGCCCCAACUAUCUCGCCCUUCGGAACCACAACGGCAAAUCCAUCAUCAAUGGAAACUGGGCGGUGAACCCGCCAGGCAGCUAUGAGGCGGCUGGCACCGUUUUCGUCUACAGCCGUCCAGGGAACGACAGGCGGGAGGGUGAAUCCCUGACGGCAGAGGGUCCCACCACGGAGCCCAUAGAUGUGUAUAUGAUCUUCCAGCAAGACAACCCCGGGAUCUCCUACCAGUUCUUCCUGGCCUCACCCCCGGCGGAGACCCCUCACCACAAACCGCCCCGUAACCCCCGGCAAGAGUUUGGUGCAUUGACGCUGGUGUCCCCUGUCCACCCGCUGGAAUCUCCGACUGGUCACCUGCGGCCGCUGGCGGGCAAUUCCCGGAGCCUGACCCCUCCGCGCCUCUCGGUCUCCUCCAGCCAAUCCAGACGGACUCAAGGUGUGGCACCUCCCCCGGCUGGCCAAUCGGGACGGAGCCCCGGGACGCUGCAGCGGAACGUCCGCGUGCCCCCUUUGCCCCCUCCGCCGCACCCCAUCCAGCAUCACCCCGAAAGCCCCCAUGACUUUUACUGGCGCCGGGCCGGAAACACGGAGUGCUCAGCCACCUGCGGGAAAGGCUUCUGGCAUUCGGUCUACAUCUGCAUCUCUAGGGUUUCCCAAGAAGAGGUGGGGGAUGAGAAAUGCCACCUUGUUCCCAAACCCAUUGUGUCCGAAGAGGUCUGCAACACGGAGCCUUGCCCAGCCUACUGGGAUGUGGGCGACUGGUCGGCCUGCAGCAAAUCCUGUGGCCUGGGCACCCAGCACCGCCAGGUCCUCUGCCGGCAGAUCUACGCCAACCGCAGCACUAUGGUCCACCCACAGCGUUGUGGACAACUGGCCAAGCCCAACGCCACCCAGACCUGCCAGGUCCAAGUCUGCAGCCACUGGGAGAUCCACACCAAUUGGAGCUCGUGCUCCGUCUUGUGUGGCACGGGCCACCGGACGCGCCGUGUCCGCUGCGUCAGCAACGAGGGUACCUUGCUGAGCGACGGCGAAUGCCCGGGCAACCACCGGCCCAAGACCAGUGAGGCGUGCGACAUGGGGCCUUGCGUGCGGACCUGGUUCUACAGCGAGUGGAGCAACACGUGUUCAGCCGAAUGUGGCACUGGGAUCCAGCGGCGUUCGGUGGUGUGCCUCUCCAGCGACGCCAGCGGAGAAGCCGAGGAGAAUUGCGCAGGCACCAAACCGGCCGACAUGCGGGCAUGCAGUGGCGGUCCUUGCCGGAGGGUGACCCAUUGGUACACAGGGCCCUGGAGCCUGUGCUCCUCCGACUGUGGCACCGGCACCCAACGGCGCGACAUUGUCUGCGUCAGCAAACUGGGGACGGAUGUGAACGUGACGGAGGCCUCAGAGUGCGCCCACCUGGAGAAGCCGCCCUCUCUCCAGCCUUGUCUCGGCACUGCGUGCGAAGCGCUCUGGUUCUCCACCGCCUGGAGCGCAUGCUCCCGGUCAUGCAUGGGUGGCGUCCAGGUGAGGGAGGUUCAGUGCUUGACUCAAAACAAGACCCUGAGCAGCCUCUGCCCGCCGGACCUCAAGCCGGCCAAGAAGCGCCCCUGCAACCCCCAGCCCUGCCUCCAGGAACUUGAUGAGAACUGCAAGGACGUCCUCCACAACUGUCCGGUGAUUGUUCAGGCUCGCCUCUGCGUCUACGCAUACUACAAGUCGAUCUGCUGCGCCUCUUGCACCCACGCCUUGGAGAGGCGCCACGUGGGACCCAGCCGGUAACCCUGGCCGACGGCGGACAAGUGGGAUCUGACGUUUGCAUCUUUGCUUGAACCGGAAAGUUGGGGCCCCGUUUGUUCGCGAUCCCCAAACCCAGUGUCGUUCCACAGCAGACCAGGAGGGAGACUGUGGCAAAAGACAUCCGAGACAAAAAGGAACGAAAGGGAUUCGAACUAAAGAAUGGAGGCGCCUCAGUCCGUUUCUGGAGGAAGCAUCCUGUAAAGUAUCGGGAGAAAAACGCACCUCUGUUUGAAGGACCUCGGCGGAGUCUUCUACAAUUCCUUGAGACUCACUUCCCUUCCACGACGGUGAGAACAGAAAGGAGACAACGCACAAACUAGUUGUGUAUGGUGAAAAAAAAUGUGGCGAUAAGAGCGAGGCUAGAGAGAGACGGAGCCCGUUCGAAACUGUGCGGACAGUCGAAUCCCAAAACGCUUCUCCUUCCGCUACAAAAGUGCAUUCUGCAACCCCACUUUUUGAGAUACUCAACCAGACACAAGGGAUCCACAUUUCCACUGUGCCAGUGUAAGACUAUAUCAGUGUGAUAGUAGCCAGUUGUUUGGAGAGACGUUGUGCAUGGAUUUUUUACAGCUCUGUUGUUGCAGGGUCUUUUUCUCCAGAGUGCUGGCAGGCUUUUCUUCUCCAAGACCCACAUAUGCAUGGCACCAAAUAUUUGAGCAGUGCCGAAUUUAGCAACCAGACGCCGAUAAAUGCACCGGAUGAAGCAAAGAGGUCCUGGCCUCUGCAAGGGUUUGGACCUGCCAGCCAUUUUGUAUUUUGCCUCUGGUCCGAAGCAUGGUUUUUAAAUAUAUAUAUAUGUGUCUUUAUGACAAUAGCAUUUCAGUGGGAUGGCAGAACAGUUACGAUGCUCCUUUCUGUUGCAAAACCCACUUUGUAAAGGUUUUCUGGAUAUAGCCGUUCUCUCUUGGCGCAAUUUGGGGAUGUCUAGGACAGAGGGUCCUGGAAAUGGUGACAGUAAACACCAGAUCUCGCCAUCAUCUCAGAAAACGUUUGGAUGGUUCCAUCUGCGGAAAGAUGAUUUCCAGAGAUAGCCGAGGGAUCUUUCCUUUCCAGACCAGUUUGCCGAUCUUCCCAAUUCGGGAACCUCGAGUUUUUAAGGGAACGCUGCCAUUUUAGAGAACGCAACUCUAGAAGGAUGACUAGUCUCAAUUUCUGCAGUCUUUUCUAGGUCUCUGCUAUUGCUGAGUUUUCUAUGCAACCCGGAAGGUGGCCAACUCUUUCAUGAGCCCCUGUUCUUGUGCCUUUUAAGCUGCCGUUCAAAGGCACAAGAAGAGGGUUAUUAGCAACUGUAAACCUGGUGCAAAUGGUUGUUUCAGUUGUUUCCCUUCUUUCCUACCAGUGUUGUCAACUGACCAGAAAAGCUUGCUCUUGUGCUUCUUGCAGAACCACCAACCACUGAAAUUAGGCAGUGAAGGUUUGGAGGGGUAGCAUUGAGAUAAAACACCCCCCUCAAUGGUAUAUCUGCAGAUGAAGUGGCUUUUAAAAGACGGAGGAGCAUGGCCCAGUGAAAUAGUUGGCAAACAUGGACUAUCCUAGAAGCGCACCUACACAAUGGAGCGAUAAGAAAAGAAAAAUAAGCAUUUUAUAUAUAUUUUAAAAAGGCCUUUUAUAGAAAUGGUUCAGAGUCCUCAAAUUAUAUAAAAUGACAAAGUAUAAAUAUAAAUAUAUUAUAUUAUAGAUAAAGCUCUAUGAUGAAGCUGAAUGUAUCUCUAGAUUGGUUUUGAUGCCCUCACAUCCCAUACUUUUGUUUUCUCUUUCCGGUCCAGAUCUAAUUUAUUUUGUAUUAAAGAUUAUUUGACGUUU